UCACUUACCUCGCUGCUGUGCGGAGGGGAGGGUCUCUGAGGACGGUGCUUACUGAUCCACCCUGAAUGUUCUCGCCUGCCUACUCCUGACUACCUGCUAGUUCCCUGGUUCUGCCUGCUGACCCAUCCAACAGGCUCAGCAGCCCUCUAGGAGACCGUAUUCCUCUCUGAUACUGACAACCUGAUGUAUAUAUUACUUGUGCUGCAGCUGAGGUGUGUUGGCACAGCUAGAGAGUUGAGUGUUGCUCCAGCAAUCAGGGUCUUAGAUCGCAGUAAAACCUUCCACCGGACUUGAAUAGGUGUUGUGUCCUUUGAGUUUUAAUUUUCGUGGUGACUUCUUGGAGGUGGAUUGAUCUACGCGUGUUAGAGUGCGUGUAUCACAAGGUGUGUUCUGUAGGCAGCUGGUAGAUACAACCAACCAAUAUGUGGAUGAAUGAGGUGAGUUGUGCAGUGGGCGGAGAGCAGGCCGCCCACACCCUGCUAGCCACCAACCCUCUGCUGUACUCUGGCGACUUGCAAGACCCGCAGGCGUCACUGCUGCAGGCACCAGACCACGCCCUCACCGUGCCUAUCCUCUUCCUGCAGGGACUCGUUCUGCUCCUCUACUGGUACAACGGUUCCUCCUCCGUCGACUCCUUUCUCAUCCGCCUCCUCCUCAACCACCACUGACUGAUGCUGCUCAUUUUCAACUCCACACCCUCAUGGUGUUUGCCUUUCAGGAAGUGUGUAGCGCAGAACGGUGCGAGGAUACGUCACACGCUGCGGUACACGUGUUUCAGGAAUUGUGUAGCACCAGAUACAGCGGUACAAGUGUUUCAGGAAGUGUGUAGCGCCUGGGCGGAGUGUUGUUACGCGUCAUGUUUGGUGAUAGCUUGUUAGUAGGUAGACAACAAAUGUGAGUGAUAUGGAGUGGGUGUGAGGUGUUGCAGGUGUUGUGUGUCUGCACUGGUGGAAUGAUGGUGAGGCGCCCUCCCACUCCCUCCCGCCACCCACACACGCUCUCACUAUGAUGGUGGGCGGCCGCAGGACUAUGGUAUACGGGAGGGCAAGGAGACGAGCCUGGCACUAGACAUGGCUUAUGGGGCAUCAGCAGAGAAGAGCGCCCACCUGCCCCUCUACUCACGAGAGCUCACAGUGCACGCCAACUUUACCUUUGCUACGCCAUCCAUGGCACCCGUACAAUACGCCCACGUCACACCCACCUCCACCCAUGCUGGACGGCCAGUGAUGGCAAGCGGAGCACCCACGGAACACUGGCGCUGGAAUGGAGCCGGAGGGGCACAGUGCUCCAUCACAUGUGGGCAUGAAGGUCUUACCAUGACGUACAAUACCCAUCCCGCCCAUCUACACACCCAGCAUGCCGUACCCUGCCCUGUCUGCAGCCCUCUAGCGGUGCCCCCAAACACCGCCAGCAUCCCAGCCUACACCACCAGCACCACCAGCCCAGCCUACACCAGCACCACCAGCCCGGCCUACACCAGGAGCUUGAUGGACUUGAGACCACAGGAGCAGCCGGCGGCGCGCAGUCUCACCUUCUCCGGUAGUCUGGACCGUGCCACGCAGCGCCCCGCGCACCAGCGUCCCUACGGUCGCCGCUGCAAGAGCACGGCGCAUAUUGUGUUACAGAACAACGAGGGACAGGAGCGGCCGCACGAGUUCCACAGCACUGUGAGGGAGGAGUGCGAGGCGCGGGGCAGGGCGCAGCACCGCCACCGUCCUCAGCAGCCAGAGGGAGGUGUUGCCGUGACUACUGAACCUACGCUACUGGCGCCCUGUUGCCCCUGUCACCACUGCUCUGCGCUCUACUCCUUGGUCUCCAGUCUGGCGCAUGAGCGCACCUGCCACGCCUGUGCCCACCACCCAUGUCCAACACAACGCUCUCAGGAACCCUGCGUUUACCCGCAGCGCCCCCCAGAAGACGAGAUGCGCACCCAGCCACCUCCCAAGUCACCCACGGUGCGCACGUUCAACUCUCACAGGUGCUACGAGGAUGAUGCGCUGCGACGGCAGGAACGAGGCCAGGCGCCUUGCCGCAGGUCUCGCACUCCCUCGCCCAGGAUGCUGGUCCGUGGGCGUGCCUCACCGCCCGCAUCAGCAGACAGGCGGGGCGAUGGGGCAGAGGACAGACAUCCACACACCCAUGCGCCACGCUCUGUGCCCCGCAUGGGCGCAGCCGCGGCCGCGGCCGCAGCCCACACUGCUGUACAGGCUCAACAGAGGCUGGAGGAGAGCAGUCAUAAACUGGACCUCAUCCGCCUGUCCCUAGAGCGACUACGGUCUGACCUGCCGCACGGCUCCCUCAUGGCCGGCGAGGUGAAGCGAGAGUUGGAGAACUCGUUAUCUGCUUCUCCCUCUCCGGCCAACUACACAAGCCUAUAUGAUAAGGAGAAUUACCCCAGCCGUCGCUCACAAGCACUACAUAAUAAGGGAGCUGCCGUUACUGGCAAGUUAGAAGUAAGAUUGAUUGGUGUACAAGACCUCCUGGAGGAUGUUCCAGGCCGGUCCCGCCGAGAUUCCCACUCCGGACCCUCCGACCUCAAAUCUUUCAUGAAAGGCGUCACAGGAAAAUCCUCUAAAUCCUAUUCUGUUAAGGACGAAAUUUCAAAUGAUGUAAUGGCGGUACUAAAAUUAGAUAAUAACAAAGUUGUUGGCCAAACUAGCUGGAAGCCAUGCUCUCAAUCAGCAUGGGACCAGAGAUUUAGCAUCGAUUUAGAAAAAUCCAGAGACUUAGAAAUAGACAUCUACUGGCGAGACUGGCGGUCGCUGUGCGCGGUUAAGUUCCUAAGGUUGGAGGAGUUCAUUGAUGAUGUAAGACAUGGAAUGGCACUUCAGCUAGAACCAAAGGGACUACUGUUUGCUGAGAUCAAAUUCCUAAAUCCAAUGAUCUCUCGCAAGCCCAAAUUACAGCGACAGAAAAAAUUGUUUAUGCAGAAAGGAAAGGUGCUACGACCAAAUCAGAUGAACAUUAAUGUUGCGGCGUGGGGAAGACUUAUUAAAAACAUACAACCCAGUCACGAACCUAUGCACUCUCUCUCUGGGGGAAAUGCCAUACCCAUUACAUCUAGUUCUGCUACUCCUAUCACUCCUGGUCCUCGAGCACUUCCAACUCGCUUAGAUUUUGAUAACGAGAAGACCCCAGGAGAGGAACGCCACUGCCGCCCACUGGCAAUGCCGGAGGUGCGGCCGCUCAAUAUGGGAGGUGUACCUUCCUCUCCAGCUCCCCCCAAUCUGGAAUCCCCCACAGUGGCUCCCCCACCUCCCUCCAUCACCCAUGGUGUCCCCACACAACCCCAGCAGUUUCCUCCUGCACCUGCACUUGUGGCUGCUACUCACCAUAUAUCCACGUACCCCACCCCUCAUGGCUCAGUCUACCACCCCACUCCUGGCACACCGUCCACACCUGCUCACCAUAGUGUCUUCCCUGUCACACAGACUCCCACCAUCCACCCUGCUCACUCCAUCACUGUCCAGGUUGCGAAACGGCCGACAUCUAUACCUCCACCACCACCCCCACGCCCACAUUCUGGCACAGUCACUAUCACCGUACCAGCCUCACCUGUAGAGCCUGACGUUAAGAAUGCGCUGAACGAGUUCAACUUCCUGCACGAGGGGGAGGUGAUUGACCGAGGAGUGAACACCCCUGCGGCCCCCGUCGAGGGCCAGGUCAGUAUCGAAGAGGUAGAAGAGGUAGAGGAGGAGGAGAAGGAGGAAGAGGAGGUGACAGCUGAGGGCAGCGCUCUCCACUGCUCCCAGAUUCGCUCGUCCUCUCCACCCUCCUAUCAUGUCCACCUGCCAGACGACCAGAUUGGAGGACGUGAUGUGGAAGAGGUGCCAACACGGAAGUUACCUCUAUCACGGUUUGACCGUGACCGUGAUUCUGCAUACGACACGUACCGCAAUUCCCAAUAUGGAUCCAUGGGCAUGGAACAGUUCCGCCUCAUCUCUGUGUUGGGACGAGGCCACUUUGGCAAAGUCAUUCUGGGUCAGUACAAGAACACAGGCGAGUACUUCGCCAUCAAGGCUCUCAAAAAAGGGGACAUUAUUGCCAGAGAUGAGGUCGAGAGUCUUUUGGCGGAAAAACGAAUCUUCGAGGUGGCCAACUCGGUCAGACAUCCCUUCCUCGUCAACCUAUUUGCAUGUUACCAGACGGAGAGCCAUGUGUGUUUCGUGAUGGAAUACGCAGCGGGGGGUGACUUAAUGAUGCACAUACAUGCUGACGUCUUCGACGAGCCCCGUGCUGUCUUCUAUGCAGCGUGUGUAGUACUCGGUCUUCAAUAUCUUCAUGACAACAAGAUCAUAUACCGUGACCUCAAACUUGACAACCUGCUGCUUGACACAGAAGGCUAUGUCAAAAUAGCAGAUUUUGGUUUGUGCAAAGAGGGCAUGGGUUAUGGUGACCGUACAGGCACCUUCUGUGGCACACCAGAAUUCCUGGCACCAGAAGUGCUCACUGAAACCUCCUAUACCAGAGCCGUCGACUGGUGGGGCCUCGGCGUUUUGAUAUUUGAGAUGCUCGUUGGGGAGUCCCCCUUCCCUGGUGAUGAUGAAGAGGAAGUGUUUGAUAGUAUUGUUAACGACGAGGUGAGAUACCCACGGUUUCUCUCCAUCGAAGCUGUGGCCAUUAUGCGGAAACUUCUCCGAAAGCACCCAGACAGGCGUUUGGGAGCCAGUGAGAAGGAUGCAGAAGAUGUAAAGAAGCAACAAUUCUUCCGAAGUGUCGGCUGGGACGACCUAUUACAGCGCAAGGUCAAGCCUCCGUUUGUGCCCACCGUGACAUCCCCCGAGGACGUUAGUAAUUUUGACGAAGAAUUCACACUUGAAAAACCUGCCUUAACGCCGCCAAAGGACCCUCGCCAUCUGAACGAGUCGGACCAGACUCUCUUCAAGGAUUUUAACUACAUGGCUGACUGGUGCUGAGUGCGGCAUGAUGCCAGGAGGGCAAUCUCAGUGGAGGGCCUCGUGCCCUGGACCGCCAGCCGGCCCCUGUGUAUCUCGAGGAGGAAUCUGAUGCCUGGAGCAGCUCACCUGUGGCAGCAAGAAGAGCAGCAAAGCAGCUGGCCAUAUGGCUGCUGAUCUGCCAUUAGCUCACUGGGAGCACUGGCUUGCUGAUAGCAGCAGCAACAGCAGUUGUGAGGCAGACAUGGCAUAAGCAGAUGCAUUUACUCCUCUCGCUGAAACUGCAUGAACUGAUAGUAGUACCCAAGUGUGGGUACCCGCCUGUGUAAUGAAGCUUGGAGAGGAUCUUGUGUGCACCACUCCUAGCCCUGUCACACCUCCAUCCCCUCUCCUACAUGGUUGUAAAUAAGCCACAUCUCUCAUCUAUGACAUCUGUCGCCAUAAAUAAUACUAAUCCCUAUUAGUCUGUUGUUGCCCCCAUCUAUUGGUUGAGAAAAUGCUAGCCCCCCUCCCCCCAAUCCCCAGAUGCUGGCUUUCCCACGUGACUAACAAGGGUUGGGGAGUGAUAGUGUCGCCAGCACUGUUGUCACUCCUGCUGUUGGUCGUUUUAAAGUCAAUACAUGGAAACAUGUCUCCUUGGAUAUUUAUAUUAACGUUUUUCAAAUUGAUUUGGACACAUUUGAGAACUUUAUAUGAGCUUUUGAAAUUAAUGAAUGCCCGUCCAAAUUUUAGAACCUCUAAUUGUGAUAACCUGUGGCCUUUCCUGUUGUUAACUUCUGAAUGCAACUAUUUAUUCAUUGUGAUAUGUACUUUAUGCAUCGUCGACUUCACAAAGGUCCCGAGUUCCUCUCAUGGAAUACUCACUCUUACUCAUCCCAAAAAUUUAUGAGAUGUCAGGAAUUCAUUAGAUCCGACAAAGUUGGAUCUUCCUACAUUGUGUACACUGCAUGUAAGGUAGCUGAUGACUAAUUCCCACCUCUACCCCUUUUCCAAUAUCCUGUUUCACCCCCACUAUCCCAGUAAGAAGCCAACACACCCUUAGGAUCGUUGGGAUCUGUGGAAGAUGAUGAAUGUCCACACAACACACAUUUUCAAUGCUCAGUUUCAUACGUGUGUACAGGUCAACUUUGAGGUGUGUGGCUUUAUCAUUUUUCAUGGACUCUGAGUUGUGAAUUUUUGUUGACAUCCUCCAGUGAUUAUUGACAUUGUAGGGAUGAUUAGUGUAAAUUGAACAAGUGGUGAUCCUGUAGGAUAUAAAUAUUUUAAAUACUGUAAUGAAUAUUAUGAAUCCAGUCAUAUAUUUACAAUGGCUGCUGAACACUGUCCUGGUAGCAGAAAUGUGAAAAAAAUGUGAAGAUGGAUAUUACUCUUUAACUUUUGAUUAUUUGUUGCUGCCAAAAAUCCAAUGUUGCCAUAAGAUCUGCAUCUGCGGAAGAUUAUAAACACCUUUAAUCAGUCCGUUAUGUUCAGACUAUUAUUUUGCGUUUUUGAUCUGCUCGAACGAUUUGGAUUGUAUUUUUACAAAUAUAUAAUGAGUCAGAUUUGAGUCUGAUAUUAUUUUGCUUGAAUUAGGAUUGUGUAUGAUAUUUCUAGGACUUGUGUUCUCUUCUCCAGUGCUUGUCUGUUUAUAACUUAUUAUUUUAGGUGUAGUAGUGACCUCCCCACACUGGGGGCUUGAGAAAUGCUAGGCUUGUACAGAUGGUUAAACAAUUGUGUAAGGGUUAACAAUCUGUUUUGUAGCUAUUAUGUCUUCAAUAAAUUUAUACAUAUAUUUUA